UUAAAAAUAGAAAGCCUAAACAAUGCAGACAGUCAAAUGUCGAAGGUAGAAGUGAAAGAGUUGAAGAUGUUUUUUCUGUUUCUGAUUUGGAUAGUCUGGACUGCAGAGUUGGUGCAGGGACAAAACCACCUGGGACUGGAGAAACAAGCGGUGGGGUGUCACCACUGUGACGGACAUGGUCACCACUUCCCCACCUGUCUCACCACACACGUCACCUGUGCGGCUGGUGAGGUGUGUUCAAUCGUGUAUGGCGAAGGUGAGCCGAGCCUCACGUGCAAGCGAGAGCAGGAUUGUGCUCAUGAAAUCCUCCAUUCCAUCGGCACGUGCCCAGGGGGCGGGGUUCUGUCACACACCAACAGAUGUCAGGUCUGCUGCGACACUACACAGUGUGUGAAUGACGUCACGCAUCUACUGCUGGAAGCGUUCGAGACCGGACUCUACUGCCCAGGGGAGUGCAGCAAGCUGGACAUUCUCACCUGUGUGCUCAAGGCCACUCACUGCUUGGCUGAUCAGUUUUGUCAGGUCAGUCUAGACAACAGAAUGGUCGUGAAGGGAGAGUGCAGGAACAAUCAUGAGUUUCAGCACUGCAUACACACCAAGGCUCAACACCCCUGCGACCACCCCGUGACCCACGGGCACCAGAACUCCGCGUGUGUCUGGGACUGCUGUACCACCAACGAAUGCCUGUACCUCCACUUUGGCGAGCACUUCGAACAAGUGAUGUCACCCACACGUUCUACACAGUUUAGCACAUCAUCCACUACUUCUACCACAACACCAUCCACCACCACAUCCACACCAUCCACCACUACGUCAACAGCAUCCACCACCACAUCCACACCAUCAACUACCACGUCCACACCAUCCACCACCACGUCCACACCAUCCACUACCACGUCCACACCAUCAACUACCACGUCCACAACAUCAACUACCACGUCCACACCAUCCACUACAACGUCCACGUCCACACCAUCCACAACUACAUCCACACCAUCCACCACCACACCAUCAACUACCACAUCCACGCCAUCCACUACCACAUCCACGCCAUCCACUACCACAACCACACCAUCCACCACCACACCAUCAACUACCACAUCCACACCAUCCACCACCACAUCCACACCAUCCACCACCACAUCCACACCAUCCACCACCACAUCCACACCAUCAACUACCACAUCCACGCCAUCCACUACCACAACCACGCCAUCUACUACAACAUCCACAUCAUCCACCACCACAUCCACACCAUCCACCACCACAUCCACACCAUCCACUACCACAACCACACCAUCCACCACCACGUCCACAUCAUCCACGACCACGUCCACACCAUCUACUACCACUACCACUACCACACCAUCUACCACCACUUCCACACCAUCAACUACCACAUCCACACCAACCACACCAUCCACCACAACGUCCACACCAUCCACCACCACGUCCACACCAUCAACUACCACAUCCACACCAUCAACUACCACAUCCACACUAUCCACUACCACAUCCACACCAUCCACUACCACAUCCACACCAUCAACUACCACAUCCACACCGUUAACCACCACACCAUCCACCCCCACAUCCACUACAUCAACUCCUACCACAUCAUCUUCUACAUCAGCGACCUCAACUACCGGACUGUUGGAUCACUUACUAAUCUGCUUCACAUGUUCGGGUCUAAGCUGCCUCCUUCAGCCGACCCAAUCUUUCUGUCACGAUGGUUAUUGCAUGACGUCUUUGUAUGAAAGCGCCGAUGGAAGUCGCCAAAUUUCAAAGUUAUGCGCCACUGAACAACAGUGUCGUGACCUAUGGUGGGGCCAGACCUUCCACAACAAACAUUGCAUGGACGUUGUCCAGUCAGGGGCGGGGCCCAACGGUCAAGACACGACCUGCCACUACUGCUGUAAUAGGAGUUUCUGUAAUGACUAUAUCAACAACCUAACCCUCAUUCACUUUGACUAGUUGAUCUCCGUAGUAUUCCUCUGUAAGACCACUGACCAAUAAUAUCAUCAUAGCACGAGUAUAGCCCUAUCCAAAAGUACUAAACGCACCAGUAUUACCCAUGCCCAUGAAUACCAACAUAAGCCCAGUCUCAGAACACAGAUAUGACCCUAUUUUCAAGUUUACCAUGGUACCAACAUGACUUUUGUCCAAAAGCAUCAAGUGACACGCCCAUGGGAAACCAACUUGACUACUUCCCUAAAUACCAUACCUUCAACAUGACCCCUAUCCACAAAUGCCAUCGAACCAUAGCACCGUAUUGACCCCUGCCAAAGCAACACUCGUCUUUAACCAAGAGUGUAUACUAAAUCACGAAAGUGACCAAACAAAAAAAAAAUCCCAGAACAGCCUUCCUAGAAACAGGUUUUUAUAAAUAA